UAUAAUAUGAUAAUAUCUCCUGGGGUCUCGAUUCCUCUCCCAGUUGAAAUGCUGAGGAUCGCAAAGUGAAGCAAAGGGAGGCACGGAUGGAUUAGAUCGACCUCCCAUGCGUCAACUGGAUAGGCGAUUUCUUCUUGUUCCAUGCGUCGGCACAGACGAUGAGAGGUUUGUUUGAGAAAAGCAAAGAGGUGGACGUGAGGUUGCUGCUCUCAAAGCUAGGGUUUGCUGUCUCUCUUCCCAUCGCUGGCUAUCUCGUGGUCAACUCCAAUCAAGCGAGUUCUUCCUCUUCAGCAAGCUCCGAAGUAGGCGGUGCUGGCAAAUUUGUUAUCCGUGCAUCGUCUGUGGCUGGCAGAAACUUCAAAGAUGAGCUUCAUAUCCAAGAAAGUGAAGGAGUCUUGGCAAACAUCAUCCAUGGCACUUCAGAUAUCACAAAUUCCACCAUGGCCAUCAGUGCCAUUAAGGGGACUUCUGCAAACAUCAUCAAGAGCUGGGUUGAAGAGGGUUGCCACUUGCCACCAGUCAAACAGUUUCCACUAUACCGAGAUAGUAUUAUUAAGCGAUUGACUUAUACUGAAUCAGAAGCCAAGAAAGUGGAGAUGGAGCAAAAAAUUGCAGAAAUUCAAGAACACGAGAAAUGUCGUUGUCGUGAUUGUUGUAUUAUGAAUAAUCAGCAGAAUUUGAUGAGAGAAAUUGAGGAGCAGCUAAGAAUUAAUAUAUUUAAGGCUAAAUACCUGUAUAUAAAAAUUUAUUCACAAGACGAAGAACAUCAUCAUCUUAGGAUUUGGAACCCAGACUAUUGGGAAAUGAUCAGGGAGUUUGAGUCUGUGAUAAUAGUCGUAGACUGUCUGAUAAGGGCAUUGAAAUCAGAUUGGUGGCACUUGAGUCAUAAGAUGGCAGCUUUGGAGCCAAAAAGAAUCACCGUGAUGGAUAAUAAAAUUGAAGACAAACAACAAGGUGAUGCCAAGAUUGAGGACCGUUCAAAGACGGUAGAGAUGAAAAAUGAGAAGACAAAACUUAGGAGCUCAGAAUCCAAAAUUGUAAAGCUCGUUGACAAGUUGGAGGUUACAGAAAAUCUGGCUGCCGCCAAUUGCUCUCCAAACAAUCUUGAGAAUUAUGAAGACUUGGUGGCAAAUUGCUUAGUAGAAGCAAACCAAGAAGAAAUGGAAAAUGUACAACUAUCAUACGAUCAUGAUGCAGAAUUUGCAUUGGCCAGAGGGUGUCAGAUUUGUUACAAUGAUGCAGAAUUUGCAAACAUGGUGCAAUCUGGGCAGAUAAAUACUUUGUUUGAGUGUGAGCAAUGGAAUUCUGCGGCAUCCAGUGAGAAAACAACAGAAAUUUCUUCAAGUGAGAGCUUGUGCACUAUAGCAGAGAAGAAGCCAGAAGAGAUGGCAAUUCAACAUGCAGAUUCCAACAUUGGGCAGAAGAACAAGUACUUGAAUGACUUGUACGAUCCACCAAAAACCAGCAAAGCGUCAAAGUGUUAGCAAAUGAGUUCUCAGACUUUCGUUGAGAAAGCUGAAGAAAAUUGUCCAAGUGAAAACUUGAGUGCUGAGACAGAGAAAAAGCAUGAACUAAUUGCGAUUCAACAUGGAAGUUUCGGUAUAGAUCAGAAGAACAACUACUUGAAUGAUUGUCAGGCAUCUGACAGCUCUUCGCGACUAGUUAUUAGGUCACAACAUCAUGCUCCAUUUGGUACAAAAAUCCUUGUCAAGCUGAAGAAAAUGUUGGUUAGAAAGCAGAGCCACAGCAAGGCAAAAGCUGUUCCAGGUAAAACGUCUAUGAGAAGUGCUUCUGAUACGAAGGCAGUUGUUUCAUCAUGUUGCUCAGGAGAUACGAGAUAGAAAAUAUGUGAUAGUCAUCGUUCAUGUUCAGAGGAGCAUCCUCCCCCGACGCGAGAUUUGUUCAAAAUGAAAUCCAGCACAGAUCGAUGGAAGAAUAACGCUGCAUGGUGUCAGAGUUGUUUCAGAUCUAACUUUGAAAUUCCAAGAUCAAAGAUAUUUGCUAUACAAGAAGAGGAUGCAAACGCAAUGUCUAAAGGUAAAGAGGGAAAAUCUAUCAUCUAUCCUCACUUGGUGGAGUAAAUAAACUCAAGUUGGAUAACUAUAUAUCGCUGUCACCAACACUAUGAAAAUGGAGUGCAACCUGCUGUUUCUGUCAGCAACUCAUACUCUUGGUUGUAUCUAUGUUUCUUUCCAUGGCUUUGGCCUGUAUUUGUGACAUUUCGAGUGGAAUUGAAUUACACCGAGUAAUGUAUAUACAAGUCCUGUGGAAGCACCAUAUUAUUUGUGAUUGCUGUUCGCAAUCGAGAAAUCUCCCACCAACCUUCUAAGGAUCAAUUUUGUAGCACAUAUAAUGAGGUCUGGAGUUUGAAUCUCGACAAAGUCGAAGUAAAUACUUCCCUUAUGUGCUAAUCACUAUUCCAAAAGCUAGCAGU